GGAGUUUGCCACGGACGGCAGCAGGAAUCAGGCACAUUGCCGCUCUUCCAGCUGCCUGCAUAUAACCCCACCGCUCCCUAUACUGUGCAUGUGAAGGUACCCGGUGCUCUCCUGCGUCAGACGUCAUCCGUCGCUGCCCCACCACGCUCCUGCCUACCAAGCAGCGCGAGUGACCAAGAUUCGAUUGCAUUUAAUCCACCGGUUGCAGAUGAGAAAGUAGCGCGCUCACAUAUACAAACCGCGCACAGAUCAAUAUGGAGGGUCGUAAGCAAGGCAGGCCGGAGGAGGAGCUCUUCUUGCGCUACGAAGGAGACACGCAGACGCCUACCGUCGGGCCCCUGAGGAUACAGAAGCAGUCGCCCACCUCCAAGAGCCCGCCGCCGCGAACAGAAUCGGCUGGCAAUUCGAGCAAGCCGCCGGCCUUCUCGUUGCCAGCCUUCUCGCGCCCGCCUCCUAUGCCCUCGUUUCCGGCACCGCCAUCGAGUCCGCCCACAGCUCCCCCACCGACCGCCCCCCUUCCAUACCCCGUCGACAACGGGCCGCCCAAUCUCAGCCAGGGCCGAUAUACCCCUCUCAGUGAGCGUGAGCGUGAGCGACCGGCAAGAAAUGCAACGCCGCCGCAGCCGGAAGGCCGCAGACGCAGCUCGAACGCUGCGCCCGCUCCUCUCUCGCCAGAGCAGCGCGCCCGCUUCGACGCGAGCGAUCCAAACAGACCGAGCGUGGGAGGAUACGGCGGGCGGAACCAAGAUGGGUCAAUCCAGCCUUCGAGACUCGCGGAGCGUCGGGGGACAGCGCCCAAGCCGCUUCCGGACUCGCCAGGCCCAGACACACCAGACAAGGAAGGUCUGUUUGCGAGAGCGCCGCAAAGGCAGGGCAGCACCGAUCAAAAUCCAUUUCCCGAGUACCACCAGCAGUACUGGCCUCCUCCAAGCGGAAACGCGACUGCGGGCGCAUCCUCGAGCCAAGCACCGCCACAGGCACUGAAUAUCCCAAACCCAGGAGGGAUCAAUCGCCUCAGCUCAACAGCUUCCACAUCCACUGUUAAAGCACAGCGAGGAUCCCCCCCACCGCCCGAGACCCCAAUUAUCCCGCCACCCGGCGGUGGCAUUGAAGCACGGUUCGCAGCAGCUGGCAUAGCUGGGACAUCAACGUUGACGAGUUUGCAAGCGCAGAGUGCCCAGAAUGCGGCUGCUGCGCAAAGAAACCAGGUCUAUGCAAAUCAGCAACCUCGGCCGGUGAUUAGCUCGCCUACUCCCAGCCAGCAACAGCAGCAGCAACCUAUACGGAGACCUUGGACACCAACAGAGCAACCAGGCCAAACCCCCUAUGGUCAGCCACAGGUGUACCAAGGCAUGGGCGAGGCCCAGCCAGGCGCUACAAGCACACCUCCCCAAGGCCCUCUUCCACAGGCACCGACCGGUGCUGGUAACGUGUCUUCACCACCUCCCAGCAGCAUGAGGCCCGAGCAUCCUCUAACUCAAGAUAUGGGUCGCAUGACUGUGAAUGACGAGCCCCCUCCAUCAUACUCGAGCAUUCAGCAGGCAAAUGCCCAACAAGCACAGCGAUACCCGAAUGAGAAAGGGCAGCAACCUGCGCCUGCUCCUCAAGGUGUUUCAUUGUCCGAUCCAAUGCAGGGACAUCCCGCAUUUGCAAACGACCCACGGCCUCAACAGGCGGGGCCUUCGCAGCCAGUCAAUGUGAUGUCGCCAAAACCUUCAGCACAGCAGUCUCUUCCGCAGAUUCAAACAGCUCAGCCAACCCAUACGCCAAGCCCAGCCCCUGGAACAGGACUGGCAUCUCCGCCGCCUCUACCUGAAGGAUGGAUCGCACACCUUGACGCUUCUUCAGGACAGUAUUAUUACAUCCAUCUGCCUACGCAGUCCACACAAUGGGAGUUCCCCAAGGGCCCGACGCCUCUUAACCUGAACGAACCAUUGUCUCCGACAGGAACAUUCGUCAACCCUCUUGCCUCGCCGUCCUUUGGCAAACAGCCUCUAGCAUCGCCAGGAUUUCCUACUCAAACAGCGGGAUACCCUGGUGACUUUGGCAUGGCGCCGCUUGCCACACCAACCGCUGGAGGCUUCACAGGACCACCACCCACGGCGGGCGUGGACACGUAUAAGGUGCAACCCACAAACGGCGUAUACUUUGGCCCCUACCUGAGGUACACAAAUAUGGAUCUCGAGCGAGGGCUAUGGCUUGGUUCUAUCUUGCUUGUUACGAACACUCCACACCCCCCAACAAUCCACAUUCAUCAGAGCCAGGAUCUGUCACCAAGCCCUCGACAAUUGAAGGCGAAUCCUAUCUACACCCACCAAACGUGGAUAUUCUACCGAUAUGAUAUUGAUUUGAGGAUGGAGGAGGAGCAUGCGGCCAAGUGGACUUACGCUAUCACAUCGCAUCUUGGCUGCACUCGUUACGAGUUCUUGGUAGCUGGCCGCCACGAGACCAGCUGGAGAUUCAUUGCUCAUUCUGGCAACGACUUUGCUCUCAAUGUGAGCGCCAACGAAAGGACUAGACUUGGCGGCGUGGGCCUUAUGUGGAAAGACAUCCUACAAAAGAACGCAGAAUGCGGUGGUUUCCAUGUGCAGCUAGGCCUCGGAGGCCAAAUUUAUGCCGACAGGUUGUGGAAAGAGAUUCCACUAUUGAAGCAGUGGACAGCGACGAGUGGCAAAGAUGCACGCAAGAACGCCCCAUGGACAGCGAAACAUGAAGAGGAGGUCUGCCAUGCCUUCUUCCACUACUACACCAGUCACUUUGAUCAGCCGAACUUGAGAGAAGCGUUCGCUCAGAUUCCCCACAUUCUUGCUCUCGACGAUCAUGAUAUCUUUGACGGCUUUGGCUCGUACCCAGAAUACAUGCAAUUCUCCAACAUGUUCAAGAACAUUGGACGACUUGGUAUUGAGAUGUAUCUCCUCUUCCAACACCACACCACACUCGAGAUUCUCCGCAAUGUUAGCAACGACAUUGAUCUCUUCACCGUUACUGGUACUGGCUGGCAUUUCAUCAAGUAUCUUGGCCCUUGCGUUACAGUUGUUGGCCCCGACUGCCGAUCUGAGCGCAAUCCUCAUCAGGUCAUGGCGGGUCCGACAUACCAAGGAAUCUUCCCAAAGGUUGCGACAUUACCGCCAAGUGUGCAGCACUGCAUUUGGAUGGUUCCGGUGCCUAUCGUCUACCCCCGUCUGGAGUCCGUUGAGCACCUGGCUCACUCCAUGGCAACUGGCAAGAAAGCAGUCACGGGUACAUUCAACAUGCUUGGCAAGGUCACAGCCGGUGUCGCCGGUGUUGUUGGUGCAAAGAGUGUAGUCGGUGACGGCUUCAAUUCGAUCAAGAAAGCUGUGGGCAAGUCAGGUCUUAUGAGUGGCGUCUUGAGUCCUUUUGGAGAGAUUGAUCUUCUUGACGAGUUGCGAGAUCUGUGGACACACGAAUCGAAGGAUCUCGAGCGCACAUACCUGAUUCGAACCCUGCAGGGCAUUGCUCACAACAAAUCGUUACGGAUGACGUUCUUCUCCGGAGCAGUUGACUGUUGCGGUGCCGGACUUGUACACGACCCAGCAAAGCCACAGGACCACAAGACCAUGUACCAAAUUAUCUCGUCCUCAGUGGUCAACGGCCCACCGGGCAGCUACGUCCUCCGACUACUGCACAACAACCGGGCGCUGUACGUACCGCAGAACGGCCACCGCAGCAACCACCAGCCCUCCGACACCAAGGAAGACAUGAUGGAGAUCUUCACCCAGGACGUCAACGGGCAGCCUCGCGAGCACAGGCGCCUCAUGGGCCGCAGAAACUACGUUGCAUGCGUCAUCUACGACCCCGAGAUCGUCAACGGCACAUUCGGCCAAGCGGUGCCCGGGCACGGAAGCGGCAAGUUGAGUCUGGCGGUGGACUUCAUGGUGCAGAACGACGGCGGCUACAAUGCGCCGAUGAAGUACGGUCCGGUCAUUGUGCCGAGUCUGGAGUACGGCAGGUGAGGAAUUAGCGGGUCUGCGAGCUGCGCUGCAGUGUUUGUUUGUUGCGUUUGAGCGGUUGCAUAGCAAGGGAUUUCGUCGCUUGGCUUUGGAGAUGAUAUCAAGUAGCGGCUACGGCCACACGCGAAAUUGAAUGAGGUUAAAUC